CACGAGAGGAGUGAGCCGCCCUUUCCCCCACCGGCGUGCCAAGAACUUCCUUCUGAUUCCUCGACCGGCCAAGAAUCGACGGUACUGGAGGCAUGCCACCGACGGGGAGGAAGCAUUGGUGCAAGCACUGCAAGAAGAGCUUCCCUUCUGGGAUGUCCCUUGGAGGCCACAUGGCGGUCCAUAGGAACAGGCGCAACAAACAGAGGAGCGGCACUCCGAGCACUGACAGCGUCGGAGAGAGAUAUGGUCUCCGGGAGAGGUGCCUGAAGUCUUCGUGCCUGGCAGAUUCCACUUCCAGUGACGAUGAUCCUUGGGCAUUGUUCCCCAAGACUGAAUGCCAGUUAUGCUUCAAGUCUUUUGCCUCCCGUGAUGCCCUGUCCAUACAUAUGAGGGUACACAUGCGCCGUAGGAACAAGAUGGUUGUGGAGCACAACGUAUCUGUAGGUGAUGGUGAUCCAAAUGCUGCUGUAUUUGCUGCUCCAGUGAGAAAGAAGAGGUCAAAGAGGAUUGCUCUGGACACAGUUCCUGCCGCAGCGAUGAAGACCGACGGGAUAGAGGAGGUCGAUGCCGCACACAUUCUUGUGAUGCUUUCAGAAGAUCAUGGCAUGUGCUCAGAUUUUGUGAAUCGGGAUGAAGACUGUGAGAUGGAUGGCAAGGCGGUGUAUGAUACGCAGAUGAUGGAGCUGAGUUCUUCUGAUCAUCAUGGCCUUACCGGAGAAGACAAUGAGCUGGUGGAGCCAGAAACUUCUACUAGCUCUUACGAGGAAGUGAAGUUUCUCAGUCUUUCAGAGGUGUUCAAGGCAACAACUAGAUAUGAGUGCAAGCUGUGUGGAAAGGUCUACGCAUCUCCUCGGUCAUUAGGAGGCCACAUGAAGGGUCACAGAGGUAUUCGCAAAUCUGCAGCGAGUCAACCUCGUAAACAGCUGCUUGAACAGGAUCGCAAGUUGUUUGUUCUCAGCCUUGCAGCUCCCAGUAUAUGGAAUUACAGAAGAGCAAGAACAAAAUCUGAACCAGAUCCAUCGUGGGUGGAAAGCAGCCUCCCGGGUGAAGGAAUGCUAGGUGUUGUCUGA